AUGAACAAAUAUAGCAGGUCUCGCAGGUGCUGUAUUUUAUGUCAGAAGACGCCAUUUAAAGUACCUCAUCUUAGAUUGCAUCGAUUUCCAACAAAUGAAGAGAAAAGAAAUGUGUGGUUGAAUGCUUGUGGGUUGCGGGCUGAUGAAUAUUCGCCACAUCGCUCCAUAUGCUCCAGACACUUUCAAAAGUCGUGUUAUAGCAAAUGUAGUUAUCGGUUAAAUAGAGAUGCGAUUCCCACAAAACACUUAAAAGGGCAAAUUGUAAGAGCCUAUUUUCAACUAUCUGAAUACAAAACAAUACAUUUGAGAUUAAAAAAUGAUAAACUAUUGAGUUAUCUUCAGCCGUCAAUAUCUGAAACUGAAAUUGUUGGCUCCGAACUGAAACAAGGUAUUUACACAAAAUAA